AUGCUAAGGCGCCUCUCCGGCUCGCAUAAGCCCCAUCAGUCGCAUACAUAUCUGGACGCCGCGCCCGCAAGUAGACAUGGGCCUGAGAUUGACAAUGAUACAGGCUAUUUGUUUGUUCCGCAAUUGAACCAGCAGCAAGCGACCGAUUUAUAUAGCGGGGAGGAGGCCAAUCCAUCGCUUUUUAGCACCCGUGGAUUCGCGGGCGAUACAAGGCAAACGACUCCCUCGAACUCCACGAAUCGACAGGAAAACGCCAUGUCAUUCGAAUCCCAGAUUUUCUCUCCAAUAAUAAAUAAUUCGAUGGAGGGGCAUAAACUACGAAGGUCUCGGCCGCGAAAUUUGUGGUCAUGUUCCUUUCUAACAAUAUCCCUGACGGUCCUGAGUGCGAUCUCUCUUUAUGGAAUAAUUCACUCCUACAUGAACCGCCAAAUCGACCCGCAAGGCUGCAAAACGCCUCGAAUGAUGCCAACUUAUAUUCAACUCAUAGGAUUCGAUACUGAGCAUACUCGCUUCGCGAGCAAAUAUCGUCUCUACCUCUAUCGGGAGCGGACGGUUGACGAAUAUAGUGAACAAGAUAUUGGGCUUAGGGGUGUGCCAGUAUUGUUCCUUCCUGGAAAUGCUGGUAGCUACAGGCAAGGCCGCUCGCUAGCAUCGGAAGCCUCGUUAUAUUUCCAGGAUGCAAUAAGCAAUGACCAGGAGAAACUCGAUGCCGGGACACGAAGUUUAGAUUUCUUCAUGGCGGAUUUUAACGAGGAUAUGGCGGCGUUUCAUGGACAAACAUUGCUGGAUCAGGCGGAAUACGUCAACGAAGCUCUAGCUUAUAUACUUUCACUUUAUCAUGAUCCUAGACGCCCUGGAAGAGACCCAAACCUUCCAGACCCUAGCUCCGUGAUCCUCAUUGGCCAUUCAAUGGGUGGUAUCGUUGCUCGAACUGUGCUUACAAUGUCGAAUUACCAGGCAAAUUCGGUGAACACAAUCAUCACAAUGUCAACCCCUCAUGCACGGCCUCCCGUUUCGUUUGAUAGAGAUGUUGUCCGCACAUACAAGCAGAUUAACGAUUACUGGCGUGAAGCAUACUCUCAGAGGUGGGCCAACAACAAUCCAUUGUGGCAUGUUACCUUAAUAUCUAUCGCGGGAGGUGGUGGGGAUUCUAUUGUUCCUUCUGAUUACACCAGUCUAUCAUCUCUUGUUCCAGAAACCCAUGGAUUUACCGUAUUCACAUCCACUAUACCAAAUGUCUGGACCGGAAUGGACCAUCUUUCUAUCGCUUGGUGUGAUUCUUUCCGAAAAGUAAUCAUUCGCUCACUCUUCGACCUGGUGGAUGUACGGCGAUCAUCUCAAACGAAACAGAGAGCGGAGAGAAUGAGUGUAUUCAAAAAAUGGUACCUUACGGGGAUGGAAGCCAUUUCUGAAAGGUCUCUCCCACAAAAAGACCCUUCUACUCUCUUGACUUUGGAAGAUAAUACAAAUUCGAUUCUUCCCCAAGGACAGCGACUAGUCUUGCGUGGCUUUGGUAACCGCCAGUUACCCGAAGCGCAUUUACUCCCAAUUCCUCCCCAAGGCGCUUCAGGGAAAAAGUUUACUCUCCUUACAGAUCAGCUUCUCGAUUCUCCUGGUGGCAAUGGAAAACUAGAAGUCUUGUUUUGUAGCGUAUUCCCUUUGCGAGCUGGACAUUCGGCUGCUUUGCUAUCUUCGAAUAUGGAUCUCUCCGGCGGCAGCGCGGGUUCCACUCGAUUGGCUUGCAAGAGUGCCAUGGAGGAUGCAAUAAAUCUUCCAGCAUCGACACGUUCGUCCAAGUUCGCCUUCGAUGAUGCUCUUCCAUUUUCAUAUCUGCAAUAUAACUUGGAAGAUCUGAUGGAGCAUCAAUUUGUAGCUGUUAUUGACAAGGCUGCCAAGCGUUCCUCUGGUUGGCUUGUUGCGGAAUUUUCAGACAGUUCCGACGCUCUCAUCCAAACCAAAGUUGGACUUGGCCGCCUGCUGGCUACCGGACUCGAUAUUCGACUUCCUGCAGAACGGCCCAUGUUAACUGAAGUGAAAAUCCCCGCUCUCCACUCAAGUCUCCUGGCUUAUAAGUUGAGAGUCGGGAAGCAGCCGUGUGGCGAACAUGCUGAGUUAUUUACGCCCCUACUACGACAAUAUAUAUCGGAACCACAUGAAUCGAAGUACUUCGUCAAUGUCAAAGAGGCUGAUAUAAAUUUGCAUGGUGUUGCACCAUAUAUGCCUCCACAUCUUCGGGACCGCUCUGCUAUGCGUGGUAUUUCAUUUCAGCUCUGGUCCGAUCCUAGCUGUAAUGCCUCAACGGAGCUUUCUUUGCGUGUAGACAUUAUUGGCAGCAUGGGGAAACUUGCCAUGCGAUAUCGUACGGUAUUUGCGGCCCUCCCACUUCUUGUGACUGCACUGGUUCUCCGGAAGCAGUUCCAGAUACAUGAUACAACAGGUUUGUCCUCCUACCUUGGCGCUUUUGACCAAUUUCUGACGUCAUUAGGCAUUUUCAUCCCUUUCUCGGAGGCCCUAGACCUUUGCCUCCGAAUUUCCUUACCGCUCUUAUUCAUAAUAUUGACAUUUGUUUCAGCGUCUUUGGCAACAUCUAACUCAGGAAUGGAUAACUCAGAGAAAGCAUCAACAGAUUGGCGAUCAAAUUCCACCGAAUCUGCCAUAGAUUUCACGAGGAACGACUUGCUCCUAGGAUCUCAAGACAGCUUUUUCUGGUUCCUGGUGCCCUUGUUUGGCCUCAUUAGCAUCGGAUUAUGCGUUGUGGUAAAUUACGUUGUCAUGGCGUUGAUUUAUGGCUUGGCUACAAUCCGUAGUGUGUUGGUAUCACGUCGAGGAUACAUAAAACAUGACGACCCAAGACCCGCUGCAAUUUACCCAUCGCUCUCCUCCAGGCAAAGGAUCAUAAAUUCUGCUGUUUUACUUUGUUUUGUGGCAACUGUGAUUCCAUAUCAGUUCGCAUAUCUUGUAGCAUGCCUUGUGCAAUUGGCAACUUGCGUCCAGACUUUACAAUAUGCGAGAGAAUCGUAUAAUUUCUAUAAUUACGUUCAUUCAAUCUUCAUCCUCAUGCUGUGGAUAUUACCGGUUAAUGUUCCAGUGUUUGCAGUUUGGGUUCACAACCUUGCUGUCCAUUGGUGGACGCCGUUCUCAUCCCAUCACAAUGUCUUGUCUAUAAUGCCAUUUAUACUACUUGUGGAGACCCUCACAAAUGGACAUAUGAUUCCAAGAAUAACCUCGAGGUUGCGACAUGUCACGUCCGCCUUAUUUAUCAUUCUCGCUGUAUAUGCAGCUCUUUACGGCGUAACAUAUGCAUACCUCCUCCAUCACAUUGCCAACAUAGUCACUGCGUGGCUAGUUGGUGUGCAUUUUGCCAGCAGCGGUUUCUCGUUUCGGAGUUUAAACCAAGCAUUUGAGAGCUCGAGCUUCGGGGAGGACGGACCUCCCGGGACUAAUGGUAAUAUCAAAAAGCUCCCUUAA